AUGUCCCUCUAUUUUGAUGCGGUCAAUAUCUUGACCGAGCCAGCCUCAGGUGGCUCUUUCAAAUCUCGAAUCUACAGCGCCCGUGACCUGCGCGCAAAGCCAGCACAGAUCUACGCUCUUAUCAUUGAAGCUGCCAAAUGGGAUACUGUUCUGGCCGACGUUAUCGACCGCUCUGGUCUUUUGGACGCCGAGCGCAAGCUAUCUCCACUCCUUGCACUCCUCCUUGUACAUGACCACCUUAUCGCGAAAAAUGGCAUCGCGGCCCCGGCAGCGCAUACAAUCCGACAGGCUGUUGAACGCCACAAAGUUCGCUUGAGAGCUGAGUUUGUGAAGGCUCGGGUGCGUCGGGGAUGUGCCUCGGUUGAGCAAUUCAAGGCUGCGAUCUUGCGAGAGAAGCGGGAGGCUGCUGGGCCCAAUGAUUUCAUAUAUCCACGCUGGGUGCGCGUGAACAAUAUUCGGUCCUCUCUGGAGGAUCAAAUGCGCACGACGUUUGCAUCCUACCGACACGUUGAUUCUCUAGCGGAAUUGGCACCCGAGGGAGACGAUCGCAAAUCUCAGCACUUGCUGUAUGUUGAUCCUAACAUCCCAGAUCUUGUUGCCGUGCCUUACGGAGCGGAUUUCACAUCGUCUACCGCAUACAAGAAUGGCGAGAUCAUCUUGCAAGACAAGGCAUCAUGCUUCCCCGCAUAUCUCCUGCUGGGAGAUCGCGGCCCAAAGGAUCCGUGGCAAGGCGACCUCGUGGAUGGCUGCGCUGCUCCGGGAAAUAAAACCACCCACAUGGCUUCUCUUCUGGCAAAGCAACAGAUCAAAGAUCAGAAGCCCCAAAAGCAAAUCAUUUGCAUGGAUGCUUCUAGAGUGCGUUCGAAGACAUUACAGAAAAUGGUCUCUAUGGCCGGGGCAGAUCCCACCGUUACCGUACUACAGGGUCAAGACUUUCUGGCCCUCGACCCAAUGGAUGAGCGCUUUGAGAAGGUCACGGGUCUUUUGCUUGAUCCUAGUUGCUCGGGAAGUGGGAUUAUCGGUCGCGAUGAUGUUCCCCAGCUCACACUACCCAAACCCGCGGCAUCCAAAGCCCCCAACCCCAAGGGUCAGGGCAAGAAACGGAAACGACCCGACGAAAAGGAAGAGGUGGAAGUGCAACAAUCACAAGCAAAACCGACCGCUUUGAAUACCUCCCCGUCAGACGAGAAUGAUAUUCCCAGCGGUGCUGUUGACCAAGAACGUCUCAUCAAAUUGUCAAAUCUCCAAGCACGAAUCGUGGAACAUGCAUUAAGUUUCCCUACUGCAACACAUGUUAGCUACAGUACAUGUUCGAUCCAUUUGAUUGAGAACGAGGCUGUUGUGGAGCGUGUACUGGCCUCGGAUAUAGCCAAAGAAGGCGGCUGGCGUCUUCUGCGACGGGAUGAGCAACCUAGUGGUUUGCGCAAAUGGAAGCAUCGGGGUGUGCGGGAGGAUCGAAAAUCAGAGAACGAUACUGAUGACGUUACCCCUGCUACGGUGGAUCUCUCAGACGAGGACCUAGAAGCCUGUUUGCGUUGCUGGUCCGGUGACGCUGAAGGUUUGGGAGGCUUUUUCGUCGCUGGAUUCGUGCGUGAUCCCAAACUUGUGUCGAAUACAAAAGCCCCAACAUCAAGAAAGAAGUCUAAAAAGGAACCCAAGGAGGAGCCUAAAAAGGAGCCUUCUAAGCGACAGAAGGUUGUUGCGCAGGAGGAGGAGGAGGUAAAAGAUGAAGACGACGACGAUGACUGGGAUGGAUUCUCUGAUUAG